AUGACUGAAGAGCUAUCACGCCAAAUAGAGCAGCUCACAGUCCAACUUGCAGAACAGAGGUCGCAAAUCGCCUCACUCUCGCAAGGGCGUGACAUCGACGAAGACGAUGACCCACGCAAUACGAUUGAGCAGCUAGCUGCGCAACUCGAACAGCAAAGGCUGCAAAUAGCCUCGCUGAUACGAGACAGGCAUGAUGCCAUAGAAGCCGGACCAUCUGGAACGGCAGUAGUGACAAACAGGGUACCUUCUUUUGACACAUCUCGUGUCCCGGAGUCGAUUAAGUUAAUCGUUCCGUAUAAAGGCGAUAAGAAAACUUUAUCCGCAUGGGUCGCUUCUGUAGAAAAGGAGCUCGAAUAUACAAAAGGUUUAUGUUCAACCCAAGCGGAGAUUGAUUCUGUGAUGCCACUAUGGGUGAGCGUAAUAAGAGAUAAAAUUAUUGAUGAAGCAAGUCAAGCGCUCGUAUCGAGGCAUACCGCUUUUCGGAUGGUGAUUUCCUCCCUAGAGGAAGAGGUCGAAUUACUACCUAAAGUAUAUAUCUUAGCUGGAGUUUAUACCAGUAAGAAUCGCAAAGCCAAGAUACUAAUCCAUAAUUUUGAUAGCGAAACCAAAGAGAUUAGUCUUGGAGACGCUCUCAAUGUAGAGGUAAACAAUUUCGAAGCUAUCACUUCAAAAUCAAAACCAAACAUUCAGGCGAAUAAAUCUCAUAUCGAAAAGAUACGACACCAUCAUUUGAAUAGUGAGGAGAAACCUAAGCUCCUCAAACUUCUAAAUGACUUUUCCGAUAUCUUCUUCAACGAAGACGAAGAACUAACUUUCACCAGUGCGAUUCGUCACCAUAUAAACACACAGGAUGAACUUCCUGUCUAUUCUAAAACAUAUCGCUACCCUUUCUGCCAUAGAGAGGAGGUCCAGCGACAGGUAGACAAAAUGUUGACUCAAGGAAUUAUCCAACAUUCGGAUAGUCCCUACAACUCGCCCAUAUGGGUCGUGCCAAAGAAGCUUGAUGCUUCUGGCAAACAAAAGUGGAGAUUGGUUAUCGACUAUCGUAAGCUGAACAGCAAGACGAUAGAUGAUAAAUACCCAAUCCCAAACAUCACGGAGAUCUUGGAUAAACUUGGGAAAUGCCAGUACUUUUCUACUUUAGAUCUGGCCUCCGGGUUCCACCAGAUCCAGAUUGAUCAGAAAGACAUACGGAAAACAGCCUUCAGUGUCGAUGGUGGACACUAUGAGUUUGUCCGAAUGCCUUUUGGCUUGAAGAACGCCCCUGCAACGUUCCAGAGAGUGAUGGAUAACAUCCUCAGAAAACACGUUGGCGUUCGCUGUCUAGUAUAUAUGGAUGAUAUUAUCAUCUUUUCAACUAGCCUCCAAGAACACUUACAAAAUUUGAAAAUGAUAUUGGAAACUCUUAGAGAAUUCAAUAUGAAAAUUCAGAUUGAUAAAUGUGAAUUCUUACAAAAAGAAGUCGCUUUCCUGGGACACGUCGUAACCCCUGAAGGAGUUAGACCCAAUCCAGACAAAAUUAAGAUUAUCCAAGAAUGGCCUAUACCUAGAAACGAAAAGGAACUCAAGGGGUUCCUUGGAAUAAUAGGAUACUAUAGAAAAUUCAUCAAGGAUUUCGCGAAAAUUGCGAAACCCCUAACUCAGCAACUUCGCAAAGGGGAAACAAUCAGACAUACCCCCGAAUUUGUUUCAACCUUCGAGCGUUGCAAAAGAAUAUUGUCUAGUAGUCAUGUACUACAAUAUGCAGAUUUAACGAAGCCAUUUGUAUUAACUACAGAUGCUUCGAACUACGCGUUAGGAGCGGUAUUGUCGCAAGGCCCCAUUGGGCAAGACAAGCCUGUAGCCUUCGCUUCACGCACCUUAACUAAGACCGAAGAGAAGUACUCGGCUAUCGAGAAGGAACUUUUGGCCAUAGAUUGGGCGUGUAAAUAUUUCAGGCCUUAUUUGUUCGGUAGUAAGUUUACCCUUUACACCGAUCAUAAGCCUCUAACAUACGCAUUAAACCUCAAAACCUCGAACGAUAGACUCAUAAGAAUGAAGCUACGUUUAGAGCAGUUUAACUAUGAGAUUAAAUAUCGGCCUGGCAAGCAAAAUGUCGUCGCCGAUGGUUUAUCUCGAAUCAAACCUGAGAUAAAUGCAAAUGAACAACAACAGCAAGAAACCUCAUCAUCCUCUGAUGAUGAAAAUGACGAGAGCGAUAAUGAAACAGUCCAUUCGGCAACAUCCGACAAUACAGUGAAAACUAAAGUACAGCAGCUAUACGCUACGUUCUACGGAUUGAGACCGAAAAAUCACCGCAGCAAAAGAUGGGACGUUAUUGGCACUGGUCUCAAAUUCAUCGCCGGAACUCCUGACGCGCAUGACCUCAGGCUAAUCAAUUUAACAAUGAAUGAGCUGAUAAGUCAAAAUAAUGAGCAACUGAAAACAAAUAUGCAACUUAACGAGAGAAUUACGCAUCUCACCAACAGUAUCAACAAGAUCAUCGAAAACUCUUAUAUCAACAAAGUAAUCUUAGAUGAAAUUGAGACAAUGGCAACAUUGUUUAACAUCGAAAGUAUCAACCAUCUAAUGGAAAGCAUCCAAGACGCAGUAACCCUUACAAAAAGUUCACUUGUAAACAACCAAGGAGUAGAGAUAAACUACCCGGAUGAAGCGCUCCAGUUUGUUAUCCCGAAGCUAGCAUGGAAAGAUGAUAUCUUACUAUACUUGCUCAAUGUUCCACAAUUGGAAGAUACCACAUCAAGUAUCUUAAGGAUCUACCCUCUGGUGAUCGGCAACCGGACCUUACAUCAAUAUCCAACCCACAUAGUCAAAAGGAACUUUAAUCUUUAUACAACCAAAAAACCUGAAGACUUCGUUCAAAAAUCAGCAUUCCUAAACGAACUACGUGACGAAUGUUUAAGAUCGCUGAUUCAUGGAAAGAAGGCAACAUGCAGUUAUACCACACAGAAUAACACAACACAGGAUCUCAUAACGGAGAAUUCCAUAUUGAUUUCUAACGCCCGAAAUCAAACUCUUCAUUCUAACUGCGGACCGGAUAACAGAACUUUAAACGGAAAUUUCUUAAUUUCAUUUGCAAACUGUACAAUACUGUUCAAUAACCAACACUUUAAAAACGGAGAGCUGGUGAGCGAAGUAGAAAUUAUCCAGAGAGCUUUCCAUAAUCUCGAAAUCAAUUGGAAAGGACAUAAAACUUACGACUUGGAAAAAAUCAACAGCGAAACUAUCAACAACAGGAAGAAACUGGAACACGUAUACCUGAAGCAAAAUCAUCUCAACCUUAAAUUUUGGAGUAUCCUAGGAGGUUACACUACAAUACAAAUUCUCGGUAUAGUUGCAGUCAUCCUUUUUCUACGUAAAAAGAUUCUUGGACCAGUUAGCUCUAAUGCCAUAGAUUCCGGAACGGGACGUUCCUCACUUACGGGGGGAGUAGUUACAAACGGAAUCGAUCAGCAACCAUCUAUCCCCAGUAUAGAAGACAUCAAAGAACGGAUAAAAAUCAUUCAACAGCAACAACAACAAUUAUCAUCCUCUUUAGCUGCAUUGAGCCAUCAGACCUGA